AUGCCGUCUCCACGACGAAUGCGCCUCUUGAUGGUGGCGGUGAUUAUCACCGUCGUCUUCGUCUUAUUCUACAGCUCCGGCAUGGAGCCCGAAGCCGACGUCAGCCUCAAGGGCUUCUACGAAAAAACAAAGGACGCCAUGGAACGAGGGACGGCGCGUGGGCAGGCAGUAAUCAAUUCCAAGACGGGAGAGAAGGCAGGCCACAUCCCCGCCGACAAGGACGGCGACGGCGACAUUGACAACGACGACAAGGUGGCGGCGCAGGAGCUUCAGGAGCGGCUGCAGGCCGUUGCGCAGGAGGCAAAGGACAAGGCCAACGAGAAGAGCCCCAAGCCCGAUAUGCCCAGCAAGAUUAUUGGAGUGGGAAGCUCAGCCGAGGGACAGGAGAAGAAGGGCCAGGUCAAAGUCGGCAGUGGUGACAUUGGAGAGAGAGUCAAGCCUGAGGCGACGAGAGAGGAGACAAAGGAAGAGCACGAAGCCGAAGUCGAGAUGAACAGCAUCUUGAAGAAAUCACCUGUCAUCAUCUUCUCCAAAACCUACUGCCCGUAUUCGAAGCGUGCCAAGGGUAUCCUCCUCGAAAAAUACGCCAUCACCCCCGAGCCUUAUGUCGUCGAGAUUGACGAGCACCCGCUUGGCCCUCAUCUCCAGGACUAUCUCCAGAAGAAGACGGGCCGUAGAACGGUGCCAAACAUUUUGAUCAAUGGGGUUAGCAUUGGCGGCUCAGACGACAUUGUUGCUCUGGACAACGACGACAAGCUCGUAGCCAAGUUCCGCGACCUGGGCCAGGCACGCGUGGAGAUCUCCGAGCGCUUCACCACUGGCGCGCAUCAGUAA